GGGAAAACGCCAUCUUUAAACCCCAGAAGAAAACACAGUUGAGCGCCGGGGAUCAACGACACACUGUGCUUGCGUUGGGUUACAAUUUUGCGGGCAUCAGCAUGAUCAGUUUGUUGACCAGCGAAACAAAUAAGCAACUAAUUGAAAGAACUGUAAAUACUCAACCAGGCCAGGUUGUAUGGUCUUAAAAUUGUACUAUCAGAAGGUUAACAUAAACAACAAUACUAGCUAGACUGAAAGACAACGGACGAGUAAUCAAGGCGUUGUUAUUGCUUGUUUCCAUUGGUGGCUUGUUAGCUAGCUUGCUAACCUGUCUUGAAGUCGGUUUGACAUUCACAUUACGUUGUUUUAAAAGGCUUGAUUUGGGACUCGACUGUGUGGCUGCAGUUUUAGUCCCGACUUCACUCCUCCCCAGCGGCCCAGCCGGAGAUGCGUGGAAGAUGUCGGUUUCGGGGCUGAAGGCCGAACUGAAGUUUCUAGAGUCAAUUUUUGAUCCAAACCACGAACGAUUCAGAAUUAUUGACUGGAAGCCGGAUGAGCUAAACUGUCAGUUUAAUGUGACUGGAGAAAAACUGUUGAUUAUACAUUGCAACAUUACGGAAUCGUACCCCUCCACACCUCCAAUCUGGUUUGUGGACUCUGAUGACCCGAGCCUGACACAAGUGUUGGAGCGCCUGGAGGAUGUCAGAAAAGGCAGCACCCUGCUCCUGCAGCAGCUAAAGCGGCUCAUCUGUGACCUCUGUCGGCUGUACAACCUGCCCCAGCACCCAGAUGUAGAGAUGCUGGACCAGCCCCUCCCUGCCGGCCCUGUAGGACAAGACCGAAAGCAUGGGGUCACAGACGAGGUCACGUCCGAAGAGGAGGAAGAAGAGGAAAUGGGAGAGGACAUUGAAGACCUGGACCACUAUGAGAUGAAAGAGGAGGAGCCAGUGGAUGGGAAGAAGUCUGAGGAUGACGGCAUUGAGAAGGAGAACCUGGCCAUCCUGGAGAAGAUCCGCAAGAACCAGAGGCAGGACCACUUGAACGUAAGUGCUCAUUCGGGUGCGGUGUCUGGUUCAGUGCAGGCCUCAGACCGCCUCAUGAAGGAGCUCCGGGAGAUAUACCGGUCCCAGAGUUACAAGAUGGGUAUCUAUUCAGUGGAGCUGGUUAAUGACAGCCUGUAUGAAUGGCACGUCAAGCUGAGAACCGUAGAUCCAGACAGUCCCCUACACAGUGACCUGCAGGUUUUAAAGGUUAAGGAGGGAAUGGAUUACAUUCUGCUAAACUUCUCAUAUAAAGAUAAUUUCCCCUUUGAUCCACCAUUUGUACGGGUGGCUUCUCCUGUGCUGUCUGGAGGUUAUGUUCUUGGAGGGGGUGCCCUGUGCAUGGAGCUUCUCACAAAGCAGGGCUGGAGCAGUGCCUAUUCCAUAGAGUCUGUAAUCAUGCAGAUCAACGCCACUUUAGUCAAGGGAAAAGCCAGAGUGCAGUUUGGAGCCAAUAAGAACCAAUACAAUCUUGCCAGAGCACAGCAGUCAUACAAAUCCCUGGUCCAGAUCCAUGAAAAGAACGGCUGGUACACUCCCCCUAAGGAGGAUGGUUAAGAGGACCAUUGCCAUGCCUCCACUGGGACCACAUGUUUUAGGAGCACCCCCCCCCUCCCUUUUCUUUUCCCGCUCUAACUGGAGUUGUUUUCAUUGGGAGUUUGAUCCCCAUUCUGUUACCAUGAGAACCGACCAACCAAUGGUUAAAACCCCUCGCUGACCAACCACCUUAUCCACUUUGCAAUAGGGGAUCCACCCUCUCGCUAUUUAUCUUUCUCUCACUUGUGCAAUCACUCCCUCUGUGUUCUUCCUCUGUUACAAUCUCACCCCUAAUCCCCUGAGCAUUGAAUUUGCUCCAUAUCUUGUGCAACUCCCUUAAAUCCUACUCUGGGCAAGCAAAGAAGAGCUUACUUACUGCCUGUGAUUUUGGGUCAAGGUUGAGGCAUGGCUUUUGCUAGUGAUUGAAGCUCUCCGUCAGUCGUGUGACGGGCUGAGAUUCUCCGACCACAGACUGGAACAGAGAAUGACAGGUGACAUUCCCCUUGUGACAGUGGAGGCUGGGAUGGACAAUGACACGCUGGUAGUGGGAAUGAGCACCACCUCACUCCCCAUGGAUGGCCUCUGUCAUAUCUGUGCUUGUGUAUCUAUCUGUAUAUUGCCAUGAUUCCUCCUUCUGGAAUAACAUGUCCUCCUAAAGCUAGCUUCCUUAAACAACGCCUGGUCUACAAAAGCCAAAGACCCUGAAUGGAGAGAGGAGAGCUAAAAACUCCUGACCAAUGUGGGACUGAGACGGCUUAAUGGAGGAUGUCCUGUUGAGCACAAGAGGUGGAGGCCGCCUCCACCCAGCCCAAUCUCUCAGGCUGCUUUUGGAAAUAUGACCAGGCUUAGCAAAGGCAGGUUGGAUUUAAUCACUGUAAUGUAGUUGAAUUUAACUCCAUGUAAAACUUGUAAAGUUGUAUUUCUGGGAAUUGAUUUAAUUGUUUUUAAUGUAAAUUUGUGUGGGUUUUGUGGUUCGAGCGGGCGGAGACUGGGGGCAUCAAUUUCUCAAGGUGUAUUUCAGAUGUAGGAUAACAAAGCAUUUGCUUCAUGGACACUCUUGCAGAAGUUAAAAGGAACACCUUUAAACCAUGUUUUUAUGUAAGCAUAAUGACUACUAUUGUUUUUUGUUUUCCUGUAUAAAUUGAAAUACUUUUGUUAGUGGUUUCAUAUGUUCAAAAGUGACACACCAUUCCUUUUACUCAUUGACACAGUGGUGGUUUUUGGGCUUCCAAAUAUGCUGGCUAAUUUCCCCGGUGACCCAAACUUGAUGAACCUUUCAGUAAGGCUCUGCACACAAUCGUUAAGAGGUAAAAUGUACACACAAUAAUUUGAAAACGUCUCAGUGCAGUCCCCUGCCUAAUUUGAAUCCAUGGUCUCACUAGCUUGUUUACACUCCCAGAUUGCCCAUCCAUGCCUCGUGGUUGCAGUGGACUUUACUUCAUACCACAUGCUCAAUAAUCAAAUAUUUUCAGGUCUGACUGUAAGGUGUGUGUAGUAAUGCCUUCAACAAAAGACAGGCCCACUCAUUUCUAUCCUUUGCCUCCCCCUCUCUGGUACCUUGUUUUCUAUCUGAUUAUUCACUUAUGACCUCAUGAUCUUGGUUGUCAGUGAUGGAAGGAACUUUUUCAGAGGAACCUGUAACUCAUGACCAUCCUCAGCACUGUCAAACCUGGAGCAUGCCAAGUCUUAGCUAUUUGAGUAAUAUGCAGAAUAUUGUGUGACGCAUUUGAUUUAAUGUUAUUACACACAUUAAUGGGUGCUUUUUUUGUGUGGGUAUUAUCCACACUGUUAGAAGUACUUUGUCGCAAAAACCAGCAUAGGAACCAGCUUGUUCCUAGUAAAUAUUCUGCUUUUCACCCAUGUGAAAUAUACUAAUAAUGUGUAAUUUUAAGCUCCAUCUACCUUGUAUUUGUUGUAAAGUCAGCCACCCCAACUGUACAACACCAUGCAUCACGUUAUGUCAAAAUGGUGGCACUGAAGACUCAUUUAGAGGUUUAUUACUAUUCACCCAAUAUGGUGACUGACUUUAUUACCAAAUAUGUCUACUACACAUGGAUAACCAUUGAUCGUUGUCUUAGCCGUUAGGUAUUGGUAUCAAGUGUGCCACAGCUUUCCCACAUGGCUGACCUCAUCGUGAACAUGCCCCGGCUAGAAACUCCCUCCCUGUGUUCUCUGGAGAAGCAAACUCAGGAAUACAUAGCUACUGCACACUUGACUUAGCAAGAUGCAAGUUUUUUUUGUUUGUUUUUAAACUAUUGUUUACUUCCAAAUUUAAUUUCCCCUCCUAUAAUUACAGUAACCAUUGGCUUGCGCGCUCUCCAUUUGGCUUGUCUAUCUUUUUAAAGUAGUCACUGGUAAGACUGUGGUAACAGAGUGUAGUGGAGUGAUGAGGUGGGAGGGACAUAGGCCCCACAUAUCUCAUUCAAUCCCUCAGAUCAGUUUUGUGAUGCAGAAAGGUGAACCAACGCUUUACCUCACCCAUUUAAGCUCAUUGUCUUGGGUUGUUGUUUCUAAUCUAGGACAUCAUCGUGAUCCUGUACCUCUUGGUUUUGUAGUGUUUUGCAUGUAGAUAUCUCAGAAAUUACUUUCACUCUAGGGUGUGUGUGGGGACUGGACAGUUUUGAUUUGUCAGGUUGGAUCAUUUUAUAUUAGCUUGCAGAGGUCGGUAGAUGCUGUCUCUGUAAACCCCAUCUCUGGGAACAGAUUAUUUUUUAUAGAUUCAUGUAGGACAGACUCUCACCAGAUUAGUUCUAAAGGAUACCAAUUGCAAAAAUGCUGUCUCCAACAGUUAUGGGCGUCCCACCCAUGUGUUAGAAGUAUGAGAUAUAAAACUAAUGGACUACUAUACUAUUCUGUCCACCCCAGAGCAGUACUCCAACUCUUACUGUUUAAAAUCCCUGUGCCAUCAGAGCAGACGUCAAAUGGGCUUUUAACUCCGUGGAAGGCGCCAUGUCUGUUCUAAUGUCAGGUGUGCAGUGAAUUACAGCUCUCUUAUACAGAUCCAGACCAGUUGUCUGACUAACAGCCCAGUGCGUUGGGAGAUUUUGGUUUGAGACCUGAAACUAAUUAUUGGUUCAUUUUUUUUUUUCUGGCUUCAUUUUGUGAUUGGCGACUGAGCGGGUUAUGAAGUUAUGCACUGUUAGCAUGCUUUGGUUUUAUUUUGUUUUUCAUUGCAAGGGUAAUUUUGACCAUGUACAGUAAUUUGUAAACUUGCAUCAAGUUUAUGAAUAAAGGAUUUUAUUAAAUA